AUGUCUUCACAUGAUGGUAGAACUCCAAGUAGUGAUCCUUCAACGGCCCAAUCAUCUCAACCUUCAAUUUCCAUGUCAAGUGGUAGUAGAGGAAGAACAGAUUUAGCAUGGGGUCAUUAUAGAGAAGCUCCUGAACUUAGUGUUGAAUCUGGAGCUAAAGGAGAAGUUGAACAAUGUCGCAAAUGUCCUCCUGAUGUUCGACAUCAAAUGAGAACAACUCCUGGUGCUCAAAAGUCUCUUCAAAAUUGUUGGCAAAUGAAGGAAGCAGUUGAACGGUGUGAUCUUGCUUUAGCGAAGUGGAUGAUUGAUGCAUGUGUGCCAUUUAAUGUUGUUAACUCUGUGUAUUAUCAGCAUGCCAUAGAUGUUGUAAUAGCCAUAGGUCCUGGUUAUAAAGGACCAAACUUGCAUGUUAUUCGUGGUUAUUACUUGGCAAAAGCGGUUGAUGAAGUCAAGAGUUAUGUUGAGACUUAUCGAGAGAUUUGGAAGAAGACUGGUUGCACAUUAAUGGCUGAUGGAUGGACAGAUCAGAAGAGGAGGACUUUAAUUAACUUCUUAGUAUAUUGUCCUAAAGGAAUAGUUUUUUUGAAAACUGUGGAUGUAUCAGAUGUCUCAAAGACUGCUAGAUUGUUGUAUCAGUUGUUUAGAGAGGUUGUUUUGUAUGUUGGGGUAGAAAACAUUAUGCAUAUGGUGACUGAUAAUGCUGCAAAUUAUGUUGUUGUUGGCAAGUUAUUGAUGGAAGAAUUUCCUUCAAUAUUUUGGUCUCCUUGUGCUGCUCAUUGCAUCAACCUCAUACUCCAGGACAUUGGUAAAUUGCAGUCAAUUUGUUGUGUUGUUGAGCAUGCUUCUGGUAUCACAAAGUACAUUUAUAAUCAUUGUUAUCCAUUGUAUUUGAUGAGGAAGUUCAUUGGAGGAAAAGAAAUACUUCGUCCAGCUCCUACUCGUUUUGCUACCAAUUUCAUUGCAUUGCAAAGCAUUUUAGCUCAUAAAGAUGAGUUGAGAGCUAUGGUGACAUUUAGGGAAUGGGUCUUAUCUGUUUAUGCUAAAGAUAGCAAAGGAAAAAAAUUUGUUGAGAGUGUGUUAGACUCUCUGUUUUGGGAAGAAUGUGCAAUAAUUGUGCGAAUGAGUGAGCCUUUAAUUCGAGUUCUACGAAUGGUUGAUGGUGAUGAUAGACCUUCGAUGGGAUAUUUGUAUGAUGCUAUUCAUCAUGCAAAAGAAGAAAUGAUGAGGAGAUUUCAAAAGAGAAAGGCUAGAGUGAAACCUUUCAUAGACAUUAUCAAUAAUUGGUGGGAUGGACAAUUUUAUAGAAAUCUUUAUGCAGCGGCAUUUUGGUUGAAUCCUCGAUUUCAAUAUGAUGCAAAUAUAAUGGAUAAACAUAUGAGCACCAUUUCUAGACUUCUAGAUGUUCUUGAGAAGUAUGCACAUGGAAAUCUACCAUUGCAAAGUAAGAUUACAUGUGAGAUGAAGUUGUUUAGGAAUGCUGAACAUGACUUUGAUCGAGUGUCCGCAAUAAAUAAUCGCACCCUUAUGCCUCCAGAUGAUUGUGACGAUGAAGUUUCAAAGGAGCAUGCUGAUGAUUUAUUAGGUGUUGACGAGAUUAGCUCAAUUCCAUCGACAUUUGAUCCAAAUUUUGCUCCUAUGGACACAGAAGAACUUAAUGUGUUCAUUCAACAAAAGUGA